AUGGCGACCAUCAUGAAGAAUGCAAACACACUGCGCACGGCCCUCCACACCGGCUCCGGCCUCUCGUUCGGCGCGUGGCAGAUGCUCCCCGGCACGCACCUGUCGCGGACCAUCGCCCGCGCGGGCUUUGAUUGGAUCUGCAUUGACUGCGAGCAUGGCAACAUUGCAGACAACGAGAUGCACGAGUCCGUACACGCGGUCGCCUCGUGCAACGUGAGCCCCAUCGUGCGCAUCCCCGCCAACGAAGGAUGGAUGGUCAAGCGGGCGCUGGACGCUGGUGCUCACGGCAUCAUCGUGCCGCUCCUGUACAGUGCCGACGAUGCCAGGCGACUGGUGCAAACGGCCAAAUUUCCCCCCUACGGCAAGCGUGGCUUCGGCAGCCCCUUUUCCAUGGGCGCCUUUGACGGCAAAGGCGAGCUGUCGGGCUUCGACUACAUGAACAACGCCAAUGAGAAUCUCUUGACCAUUGUGCAGAUCGAGACCAAGGAGGCCUUGGACUGUGUCGAGGAAAUCGCCAAGGUGGAUGGCAUCGAUGUGCUGUUCAUCGGACCCUGGGAUUUAGGCAACAACAUCGGCUACCCCGUCAAAGGUGACUUUAGCCCCGAGCUGAAGGAGGCCAUUGCGAGGAUAUUGAAGGCCGCACAAGACGCCGGGAAGAAGUCAGGCAUAUACUGCCCGUCGGGUGAGGUGGCACGACAAUAUGCCGACAUGGGAUUCCAGAUGAUCUCUGUCGUCAACGAUAUGACGGCGGUCCCGGUCUUCAUGGCAGAGUCCUUAUCCAAGGCCAAGGGGUCCUACGGCCAUGCCGCCGCCCAGGCAGUGAAAGGCGCCGCGUACGGGGCGGUGAACCUGGUGACGCAAGACAAGAAGUGA